AUGUUUUCGAAUAAUAAUGCAACAACAACUCAAUUGAUUGUCAAUGAUUAUUUCACUUGGCGUUUAAAAAAUAAAUCAUCAUCAACAACAACUAAUCGAUUAUUUAUUCUUGUUCGUCGAAUUGGUUCUGAAAGUGAACGAAUGUUUUCUCAACAGCCCGUGAUUGAUUUUCGAUGUAUUCCAUCAUUUCGAUUGAACAAAUUCAAAAACAUGCAUUACGUAUUCGCCAAUGUAUUAUUUAAUAAUAGACAAAUAACAUGGUCUCGAAUAAUUACAUUCAUUUCAUUCUCAGCAUUAAUAGCUGAACAUCUUAUUAGAGAACGAAAACAAGACAAUAUGGAUUUAAUUAUUGCAUCUGUUGUUGAGUGGACAACAGAUUUUAUUGACAUAAAUCUUCACACGUGGCUUGAAAGUCAAAACUAUUGGGCUGGUUUUUUGAAAAUUAUUGAUAAAACCGCAGAACAACGAAAUUACAUUAGUCGAUAUGUCAGUAUUAUUGAAAUAAUAGGUAUUGUUACACUUGGUAUAUUGUAUAUGAGACAAUGA